CACACACAAGAGACUCUUCGAGAUUUUCGUAGCUCGAGUUCGGCAGAAAACGUCGUCGUCGUCGUAUAGUUUGUCGCGGUGCGUUUUUGUGCGGAUGCGAAUUUUUGUGUGCGAGCGAAGCGAGUGCAGCAGAAAAAUUGGAAUAUUUUCAGUGCUUUUUCCGGGAGUGCGACGUAAAGUAGCUAAUUUCUGUGGUGUUUUUCGUUAUUGUUUGUGUGCCGGGUGUGCGUUGCGUCGAAUUUAGAGCAUUUACGGGCGAAACGAAAAAAAUGUGCCGCUUACCCAGGUGAAAAUAGUGAAAGAAAUCUGCUGGAAUUUUACUUUUUCUUCCGAAGAUUCGGAAGGGAGCGACACAACGAACGAAAAAAAAAAGAAGAAUCGAAAAGGCUUCCUUUUUUACUUGGCGAGCCUGCUGGAAGCAAGUGAACGAAGGAAUAAUAUUUGAUUGGCGAACCCCAAGGAACGCAAUUUCAUAGCCGCGACUAGGUCCCGGAUCGAGUGUGGAUUGAACACCCGGGGAAACGACAGGAAACAACCUGAAACGAAUUUGGAUAUUUACUCGACGUGUUGCCGAUUACGAAACGUUGACGAUACGCGAUGGUAUGCGUCCAAGAGGAGGAAGCAAUUUGCGUCGUCGUCGAUCCACGCCCGGACGCACAACAGCGAAGAUUCAGCGUAAAAGUACGAGCCCACAACACGGUUGCCGAUUUGUAUGCCCAUGUAAGAUUGCAAACUGUGUAUCCAGAGUUUGAACUUGUGUUCCCCGCCAAGGAUAGCUGUGGAGAGUUAACAUUGCACGACAAGAAACAGAAAACCAUUGCCGAUGUAGGAAUUGAGCUUGGCAGAAAGACUACGGUGCACAUUCAACCGAAAGUGGAAGAUUAUUCCAGUGCGGCUAUCACAGUUCAAACGGACAUGUCUUCCGACGAUGGGUUUGAUCUAGGCGCUUCGGCGAGUCCCGUUGAGUCGUCCAAUCACAAUAUGCCGGCUCCACCACCCCUUCCGGCGCCAGGCUUCUACGAUACAACUCAUACUGAAAUCCAUGCCAAUACAACAUCUCGAUUGCGACGAUACACCGAUGAGCAUGCACAGUCUUCGUCCAACAACUAUCGUGGUCUGGUGAACCAGGCUAUGACCUGCUAUCUCAACAGUUUGCUGCAGGCACUCUUUAUGACCCCAGAGUUCCGGAAUGCUCUAUACAAAUGGGAGUUCGAUGGCAAAGAUGAAGCGAAAUCGAUUCCAUACCAACUGCAGAAGUUGUUCGUCAACCUGCAGACAUCGCCCAAAUCCGCAGUCGAAACGACCGAUUUGACGCGUAGUUUCGGUUGGGACUCGGCUGAGGGCUGGCAGCAGCACGACAUACAAGAACUGUGUCGUGUGAUGUUCGACGCGCUGGAGCAGAAAUUCAAAAACACCAAACAGGCAGAUUUGAUCAAUCGUCUGUACGAGGGUAAAAUGAUCGAUUACGUCAAAUGUCUCGAUUGCAACACCGAAAAGCAGCGGGAAGAUAAGUUCCUCGACAUACCGCUGCCGGUGAGACCUUUCGGAAACACUGUAGCCUACGAAAACAUCGAAGAUGCCUUGAGGGCUUUUGUUCAGCCGGAGGUUCUCGAGGACAACAAUCAGUAUCAUUGUGAAACCUGUAACAAAAAGUGCGAUGCACACAAGGGACUUAAGUUUACCAAAUUCCCGUACAUCUUGACGUUGCAUUUGAAGCGGUUCGACUUUGAUUACCAGACGUUCCACCGAAUCAAGCUGAAUGACAAAGUCACGUUCCCGCAAACGUUGAAUUUGAACAACUUUGUCAACAACGCAUCGGGAGGCGUCGAAAAAUGUGCUACAGUCGAUUCUGCUACGGCAAGCAUGAAUGGAGCCACGUCGGUUCCGCCAUUAGUGCAAAUGGAAACAGCGGAGAACUUCAUGAAGACCUACGACGAAUGCAGUACCACCGACAGUGGGUCGGCCCUCGAGGAAGAUUCUUCUUUCCAGAACGGAACGUCAGUGUCAUCGACUACCACUACACCGAACGAUCAGUUCAUGAAUCAGGAGGACGACGAAGGCAUUGAUAUGGACUUGAACGGUGACAGUAAAUCUCCGUCAGUGAGCAACUUUAACGCUCCCGGUCCGUACGUGUACGAGCUGUUCGCCAUCAUGAUCCACUCGGGCAGUGCGUCCGGGGGUCACUACUAUGCCUACAUCAAGGACUUCAACAGCAGCAAGUGGUACUCGUUCAACGAUCAGACAGUUUCACCGAUCACGCAAGAUGAUAUCCAGAAAUCGUUCGGUGGAGGAUCUACAAAGACGUACUAUUCGGGAGCGUACGGUUCCAGUACCAAUGCCUACAUGUUGAUGUACCGCCAGAUUGAUUCGUCCAAAAACAGCUCGCCCAUCAAGGAGGAAGAGUUCCCAGAGCACAUCAAGAAACUGGCCAUCAAAAUCCGUGACUCGGAUGGACAGCGCAACAAGGUUGACAGUGAUGCAGUGACGGUAAAGGUGUACUUCGAAAAUCCACGCACGCGCGCCAUCAAGAAUUACAAAAUGUUCCUCCUCAAUGAGAACACACUGACGGAAGCGCUGGAGGAAGCCUACAGGGUGCUACAUGUGAAGGGCAUUGUGCCGAUGGAACGUUGCCGAUUGGUGGGAUACGAUCGCCAUACGGAGUGGAUCGAAAAGAGCUUCGAAGGACAGGAGGGAGAAAGAAUUGAUGAGGUUAUGCGACAACUGAACAGAUCAAGCGAAUUGUUGCUGGAAACGCGUGAAGAGCACGAAGUAUUCGAACCAUAUCUGUGUGAUGGUUUGAUGACGAAGGUUUACCGAGUAGACAUGGCCACCCGAGACGUUGACGGACCGUUCUCGGUGAGGGUGAGCAAAACUCAAACCGUGUUGGACUUCAAGCAAAUUCUGGCGCGCAAAUUUGGGUUGUAUGAGAAGACUUUGGUGUUGGGCUUGAACGAUUACAAGAAGGGCAGCAAAAUUUUGUCCAACAACGAUGCCACAUUGAAGGAAGAGGACAUGAUUGAAUACUCCAAGGUGUUCGUGGCUGUAAACAAUCCUGAUGAUCCAGAGUAUGGUACCAGAUUUAAACAGUUUGUGUCGACGUUGGAUCAUCUGAUUGGAAUAUAUUUCGUUCUACCGAACAUGGAGCCAGACACGUUGAAAAAGUUGUCUAUUCCACCAUACGUCCCCAAGGCGCUGCCUCAAAUGAAUGGUAACGCAUCCGACGUACAUAUGGCCAACACGGACAGCAACAGCGAGGACAGCAGUUUGAGUGACAACGACCGGACGCUGGUGGAAGACGACGUCCACACGCAAUUGAAUGGCGAAGUCAGCAAUUUGCAUUUCACCAACGGCGUUUCAACGACCACCACCGCCACUACCAAUGGUUUCAAGGACGCCGAUGAGGACGACGAGGAGGAAUCGUAUCUGGCGGAGUGUAGGAAUAAUGACUACUACUUCAAAGUGGCUCCGCUGGUGUACCACAGUGCGCACAACGAAUCGGGACCCCAGGAAGAAACCGGAAGCAGUAGCAGUAGUGAUAACGAAAAAGUGAUUAAAGUUCUGAUUGACAAACGUGCCAAUCAUGGAUACCUAAAGUAUAGACUGCAGUCAUAUUUGAAAGUGCCAAUGGAGUAUUUCAAGUUAUUCAAAAACUUGACAGUUAAUCUGCAGGAAAUCACUCUACUCAAGGAGGAGCUAAAUGCGUACAAGGACGGCGAUCGUCUAACGAUCGAACUUGGUCGCGUUCUGCGCAAAGGUGAGUAUAAGAUAAACCUGUACUACUUCAACGUGAACGAUGUCGUUGACGACCUCGAUAAUUUACCGCUCCUGUGUAACUGGAUUGUUCGCAACGGGCAAGAGGUGGGUCAAAUCAAAAAGGACGUCCUAGCUCAUUUGGCUACCUCCGAUAGCAAAUACAAUAACCUAAUGCACGAGCGCUGUCGACUGCGGAAGAAAUGCUGGAAGAGCAUCUCCAAGGUGUACACUGACGAGCAAAAGAUUGGGGAAGAUGUAGCACUGACCACCAGCGCUGAUAUGAUCCUGCAAGAAGUGGAAGACCUCCCGAGUGUGACGCCCACGCAUUACAACGAUGUAGUGCUCUUUAUCCGACAGUGGCAUCCAAGCGAGAUGAAACUAGGCAAAAUGCAGGAAAUCCUAUUUCCAAAUAAAUGUGAACUGAAGAAUCUCCUUUCCAAAAUUAGUGAGAUUCCUGAGGACAACAUCGAGUACGCCAAACUGCAAACACGCGAAUCGGUGUCGGUUCUACAGAUCCAUAAUAGCCUACAAUGGACGUCGACUCCGAAACGGUCCGACGAUUACGAUUGCAGUAGUUUCCAGGAUGGCAACGUCGUGUACUAUAGAGACAAAACCGAACCGCUAGCGGAGCUGACGGCCGAACAACGCAAAGAGCUGACCAAGAAAGACAUUCGCAACAACUCGACGUACUCGCCGCGCAAGGAACGUGCGCUCAAGAUCUACGUGGAUGCCUCGCCAAAGAAGGCCGACGACUGAUUGCAGCUGACGACGGCCGAGUGCAGCAGUGGUACAAAGCGAAGGAAGUGUUGCAUCUGAUCGAAAGGGAGAAGUCGAAGUCUGAGCCAGUAGGAAGGGGGAGGAAAAGUGUCGCCCGCGUCCGGUGAUAGCGCACAGGAGCAACAUUAAACUAGCUUUUACAGAGAGCGAAAAAAAAGCAAACCAAUGAGACACAGAAGCGAGCUAUUAGAAUUGCACGGCAUGCAGAUUUUAUGUAAAAAGCAAAAACAACGUAAAUGAGCCAUUUUCUGCGCAUUCUUCAAACCCUUAGAUGAGUCAAACCGGCAACUUAAAUAUGAUUCGGAAUAAAGUGCUUUCUUGAAGAUAUAACAUGUAUUGGUGAGUGUAUGCUACCUUGGUUUAAUAAAAAAAAUAGUAAAAUAAAUACCAUAUUCCGGUCAUUGUACAAUGGACACAGUAAGCAAAUUUAUGAGACACAUUUCGUUCGAUGUGUUUUUUGUCGAAUGAUUUUGUUUUUAUUUUUCUGUUAGGUUUGCUCACUGCACCCUAUGUGCGACAAACAAAGAAUUCAAAAGCUGCGCAGAUUUAUGGGCAUUUACGAUUGAUUAUUCAAGAGCUGUUGUAUUAUAAAUUCACUUCGGUGUGGAAUUGGGAUAGAUCCAAAGAGUCUACUGUCCAAUUCCUGUUAAAUGAGCUCGUAUAGUAAUGAGUAAUUUUUUUACAUUGAUUUGUACUUGAAUAAUUAUCUACUGUUAUCUUUGUUUAAGAAGAGGGAUUGAGAGUCGAUUUGGAAAUUAUUUUUUAUGUUUGAUACUGUGGUCUUUAUUUGUUUAUCUAAAUUAUCUUUGAUCAAACAUCAGUUGGAGAUUUUUUGUGACAGUUUUUGCCUUUAGUAAAAUAUUUUUAUUUAACUUUUUUGACCAGUACUUUUGAAAGAGACUGUCCAGAUAUUGUGUAAAGGUGCAAAGUUAUAAUAAUCUAGAUUAUGACCAUAACAAAGAUAUGCUUGUGGGAGCUUCAUUUAUCUGUGAAUGCGCUUAGGCCUAUCGUGAAUUAUUUAUAUCCAUAGUAUUUCCUACGUUGAUGAAACUGUUCCUGUACCUCAUCAAUUCAUAUCAUAGUCUUGUGCAUCAUAGCAUAAUCAUCAAUUAUCAUCAUAAUUAGCAUAGAAUUUGCUAUGAAUUCCCAUUACCUCUUUUUUGUUGAAGAAGCGCGCAUCGACCCAUCAUCCCUUGUCUUUUUAUACAGUUAUCGUUCAGUUUAUCCUUUGUACCUACUGUUGUAUCAACUGGUCAUUGACGUUUCUACAUAAAUUUCAAAAAUACGUGAAGCAAAUGUGAGAAUAAAAUUUACUUACUGCUCUGA